AUGGCAAGGAAGCCCGCGGGAGACAGAGAGGCAGAAGAUCAUAAAAACGAAACCCAAAAAAUUGUGCUUCAUGAGGUUGUCGUCAUCAUCGCCGGCGAAGGGGGCAUCUAUGAAGAGAGAGAGAGAAGGGGGGUGGGGAAGAGGGGGGACUUGCGAAGACCACCGUUGCUUUCUUUCGUUGGUGUUUCAUCUCUCACUCGACUAUUUAUUCGCCGUGUGACGCCGCGAAGAUCUUCUCUCAGUCCUCUGAAAAAAAGAAAAUGCGAGGUGGAAAGAAGCGGCCUUCUUUUCACUUCUCCACCUUCGUCGUGA